GAUAACGCACCGCAGACUCAAUGCCUGCUUCGCAUUAGGGCUCAUAUUGAAGAGAGAACAGAGAGAAGAGAGAGAGAGAAAAAUCCGUGCCAGACAUGGGGAGGAACAUGAAUCUUCGCUUGAAGACGUCAGUCCAGCAGACAAACUGGGUUUUGACGCCGACGCCCAGUAGAAGAUCCUGGGAUUGAGAAGGAAAUCCCUUUACACUGAUGGCCUGGACUGAGUUUCCGCUGGCCUGCUGAAGCUAUGGGGAGCUGUUGGAGCUGUCUGUACAGAGACCCCAUCCGAGACAACCAUCUAACCAAGUUUAAGGUUACCAAUGUGGAUGAUGAGGGCAACGAGCUGGGCUCUGGCAUCAUGGAGCUCACUCAGACCGAGCUCAUUCUUCACACGCGCAAGAGAGACGCCAUCCGGUGGCCGUACCUUUGCCUGCGCCGCUACGGCUACGACUCCAACCUGUUCUCUUUUGAGAGCGGCCGCCGCUGUCAGACUGGACAGGGGAUCUUCGCAUUCAAGUGUUCCCGGGCGGAGGAGAUCUUCAAUCUGCUCCAGGAGCUGAUGCAGUGCAACAGCAUCAACGUGGUGGAGGAGUCGAUGAUGAUGAUGAGUCGCAGCGGCCACACACCAGAGAUGGAAAUGUCUCGCACACCGCAGACUCCCAACACUCCAGCAUUUCCAGUCCAGGCGUUUCCCAACGGAUACCCCGGCUAUCCAAUCAGAGGUGAUUCUUCUCAACCGUCUCUCGCUGAUGAUCAUGGACAUAGCCUCAUGGGUCUGGAGGACCAGACCCACACCUAUGUAAAUACUGUGAGCAUGGAGGGGGAUCUCUCCAUGCGUCAUUGCGUGCACUCUCUACCUGAGGUCCGGCCCAGCACUUUCCCAGAAACCACACGAGGAUCCAUGCCUGUCGGGGGUCAAGGAAACCCACAGUCCAGCCUGCGGUGCUGUCCCCUCGAAGAGCAUAAGGAUCCUCAAGUGUUCUUACAGCCAUCCUCACAAGAAGUCAAGUUCAUGUUGGGCCCCACGCCGGCCCAACGCCAUCUGCUGGAGCGAGAGCGGGAGAGGCACGUGCACAAUCCUCACAGCCUUCAGCCAGUAGAGGGCGCAACAGGCUCGGAGACGGAGGGAGAGGAGCCCUCCAUGCACCUGUGCAACUCUCACUCCUACCAUCAUUUCCAUCACCACGCGCAUCGGCACCCGGGCCUCGAGCACCCCGACGGCUGCCAGAGCGGCGAGCUCACCUACGAGAACAUCAACGGCCUCCGGAACGCGCGGAAGCAGCGGCUGAGUCCCAGCAGCGUGUCCCAGUCUGUGGGCUCCAGCAGCAGCAGCAGCACCGGGGACAGCCACUCCCACUCGCUCCUGCACUCGCACGGCCACGGCCCGUCGUCGCUGCCGCCGCAGGGCUACGCCUGCGAGAGGGCCAUGGCCGGGGGUCACCGUCGGACAGCUUUGCUCAACUACGAGAACCUGCCCUCGCUGCCCCCGGUGUGGGAGUACAGCGCUCUGCAGCGGGACGAUGAGCAGGAGGAGGACGACGACGAUCAGGACGAGGAAGAGUACGAAGAGGAGGAGGAAGACUUUGACGACGAUUACGAGUUCUCGGAAGGUCCCGGGACGCCCAAUGGGUACCAUCAGGACGCUCGGGGCAUCCACCGAGACGCCCUGCAGAACUAUGUCAACACCGAGCAGGUCCAGCCCUCCCGGCUCCGACACCCCUGCCCGCCGCAUCCGCGGCAGUGCCAGCCAGACCGAGGGGGGCGAAUAUUUAGCUUUGAUUUCCGCAGGCGAUCGAGGUCGGGGGUCGGGGGCUGUGAGCACGGCCACAUGCCUCCAUCGCGGCAGCUGAAUUACAUCCAGGUGGACCUGGAGGGAGAGCCUCCCUGCCAAGGCCUCGGCGGCGGGGGUGCCCAGACCCAGCCACAGCACCAGCGCCUACCACCCAAAAAAUGUGGUCCGCAGGCACCCCGGCGCAGCGAGUGCUACGCCGUCAUCGACCUGAAGAAGACCGCCGCCAUGUCCAAUCUACAGAAAGCUCUGCCCAGGGAUGACGGAACUUCCAGAAAGACUCGCCACAACAGCACAGACCUGCCUCUGUAAGCGGUGUUUCGAACUGAAGAGGAACAAUGAAGACAGAUGAAGGCUUAUCCACAUCUUAGCACACUGGACCCUUCACUGUCAUCCAUCCAUCCAACUGUUGGGCUGACUAAUACAGUACAGGUACCUAAUUAGAAACUCACUGAAACCUAUCUGUGCAUAUGAAAGGUAAUGAUGAAUCUCUUAGGAGCAUUUGCCAUUUUAUUCUGUAUUAUUUAUAAAAUAUUUGGUGUGAAACUCUCUUGGAAAAUUGGCCGCUGUUCGCUAGAAAGAUUGGAUGAUAUAAGCCUGAAGUCUCAUGUUUAUAUACAUAUAGACGUGAGACUUUAGGCCUAGCUAUAAUUAAAUAGGAAGCAAAGACUUGUUUUCAGUGAACGCAAUCAUUGCCAUACUGUGCUAGAAUACUUUAAAAUCCCUCUUCACUCACAAAUAAUAUUGAUGCCAUCGUUUAUUUACAUUCAUGAUUGCAAUUUAUUUUUUUUGGUUUGUUUUUUUAUUUCAAAAUACAACAGAAGAGCUGAAAGGUUAAUGUUUCCUCCAACAUACUGGCCAAUAUUCAUACCUCAUCACAAGCACUUCAGUCUAAUGUUGUGGCUAGUAGAAGAGACCAUUAUUUGUUACUGUAUGCCUAUAGAGCAUUUUGCACACAAUCCUAUGGAAUUGUAUUUUUGUCAUAUUUUAAGGAAUCGUUUCGUCCAAUCCGAGCUGUAAAAUGGGUUCCAACGACCAGAAGAGAUUGCGAUAUAUAUAUAUAUAUGAAAUAUAGUAAACUGAAUGAUGGUAAAAGUAGCACACAUGGAUUAAAUGAGCUUUGGCUCCCUCCUAUCAACAUGCAGCAUUAAGAAAAAAAAAAAAAGUAGCAUAUCAUUUCAGAUCACUCCUCACUGCGUAUCAUCCGUGAGCUGUGGGCUGGGAGAGGAGGGCGGUUCAUGCUUGUCACGUUGCACUUUUGACCCUCGGCCACUGAAAUGUUCCUCCCCUCACCUCUGAAGCCACAGCUUGUGUCCUUUUACCAAAAAACAAAAAGGAAAAAAAAAAACAAG